UUCACAGACCUGACGUGCACACGCACAGUGUCACCGCGGUGUUUUCGGUGGCUCCGAAUCUUUCUACAGCUAGUUCGUCCUUUAGCUGAAACGACAUGUAAUGGUUCACCCUUUUGUUUUGCUUUAGCGUUUAAAUUCUUUUCUGUAGCAGCACCGUCUGUAAUACUGACGCAAAGAUGACAUCUAAACUGAAAGUUGGUAAAGCUGGCUCCAAGAAUAAGGAGGAUGCACCCUAUGAGUUGGAGAGCCAGUUCAUUUUGAGGUUGCCUACGGAGUAUGCCUCUACAGUAAGGAGGAUUGCCCAGUCUGGCAGUAUGAACAUGAAAGACAGACUCACGAUCGAAUUGCAUCCGGAUGGUCGUCAUGGUAUUGUAAGAGUGGACCGUGUCCCUUUGGCCUGCAAAUUGGUGGAUCUUCCCUGCAUGAUUGAAUCUCUGAAAACAGUAGACAAAAAGACCUUUUACAAAACAGCUGAUGUCUGCCAGAUGCUGGUAUGUACACUAGAUGGAGACCUUUACCCUCCUUUAGAGGAACCCACAGGUACAGAUCCUAAAAGUAAGAAGAAGGACAAAGACAAGGACAAGAAAUUCGUUUGGAACCAUGGCAUCACCUGCCCUCUGAAGAAUACACGCAAGAGAAGAUUUCGGAAAACUGCGAAAAAGAAGUAUAUUGAAUCUCCUGAUGUGGAAAAGGAAGUGAAGAGAUUGCUGAGCACAGACGCUGAGGCUGUCAGUGUCCGAUGGGAAAUCAUUGCAGAGGAUGAGUCUAAGGAAGCAGACCAGCACGGCUCUCUGGCCAAUCUGGACUCCUCACCCGGCACUUCAGGACAUAAGAUGGGCCAUGGUCCUUCUGCCCAGCGUGAUGAACUGAGGGAGAUCUUCAAUGACAUAAGCAGCUCAAGUGAGGAUGAGGAGGACGAAGGAGACCGGCACGAGGAUGAGGAUCUGAAUAUCAUGGACACAGAGGAUGAUCUGGUCCGACAGCUCCAAGACAAACUCAAUGAAUCAGACUCAGCACAACAUGAGACCGACAGAAACAACCAAAUAGUCAUGGAAUACCAGGUGCAGAUUAACAGCGUCAAGGCUAAGCUGCAAGAGACACGCGCCCGCAAGAAACAGCAAGAAGAGCUCAUCAUGAAAGUAGAAAACCAGGCCCUCAAAAACCGCUUCCAAGCCUUGUUGGAUGAGAUUAUUCAGCAGGAGGAGCGAGAGAUGGAGCAGCUGGCCUCCCUGCAGGAGCAGCUGGACUCACUGAUCGAAAAGUGACCACCAGGGGGCAGUGUCCUGUCAUCUUCUGCACAGCAUAGGUGAAGAGGCAGAGGAGGGAGUCUUCAUUAAUUUCUUUGCUGUGUCAUUCCUUUAAGUUUUUCAUGUAGAUAAAAAAUAACCACAUUCAAUUUUGUGUAUUCAAAUUGUCUAUUAAUGUUUUUUAUUUGCUGGCAUACUUUGUUAGUAACUGUAUGAAUAAAACAUUUGCCCGCCUUUAA